GCUUUGUGAACUACGACGCCGUUUCUACGAUGGCUGAAGAGGUAAAAAAUCCGGUUAAGGAUAUACCAGUCGGAGUUUCCAGCUCGGUUAUCAUCGUCAGUAUUCUUUACUGCUUAAUGGCUGCUUCAGUGACCGCCUCCCUCCCUUAUGACAUGAUCGAUCCAGAUUCGCCGUUUUCUGGGGCGUUUAAGGUGGGAUCCUCGGGGUGUAGGUGGGUGUCGAAUGUGAUCGGAGUGGGGGCCAGUUUUGGUAUUUUGACGUCGCUUUUGGUGGCGAUGUUGGGGCAGGCACGCUACAUGUGUGUAAUCGGACGGUCACGCGUUCUCCCUUCAUGGUUUGCGAAGGUCCAUCCUAAGACUUCUACACCUGUUAAUGCCUCCACCUUCCUUGGAAUCUUCACAGCAGCUAUUGCCCUAUUUACUGAUCUAAACAUCCUGCUGAAUCUCAUAUCCAUUGGGGCGUUAUUCGUCUUCUACAUGGUGGCAAAUGCGGUGAUAUAUAGGCGUUAUGUUACUAUGGGAACGACAAAUCCGUGGCCAACUAUUUCGUUCCUGUCUUGUUUUACACUCAUAUCUGUCAUGUUUAACCUCCUCUGGCAUUUCGGGCCAUCAGGUAAACCCAAAGCCUUCUUGCUCGGGGCUUGUGUCACUAUGGCAAUCGGAGUUCUACAAUUAUUUCAUUUCAUGGUCCCACAAACUCGAAAGCCUGAAUUUUGGGGGGUCCCUUUGAUGCCAUGGAUUCCUUCCAUAUCCAUCUUCCUUAACAUAUUCUUGUUGAGUUCUCUUGAUAGAGCAUCCUAUGUCCAAUUUGGGUUCUUUUCAUGCCUCUCGGUGCUUGUAUAUGUUCUAUAUAGUGUCCACUCUAGUUUUGAUGCAGAGGAAGUUGGAGCUCUUAGUCAAAAGACUGGGGAAAGUAUGAAGGAAUCUGUUGAAAGUGAAGACAAUACUCUCAAAGUGUGAAAAACUUUCAAACCCUUUUUUCUUCAAUAACUUUACAGCUUGUUUUUGUUGAAGGACACUUUAGAAUAGGGGUGAAGAAGAAAGAUAGGGAAAAAAAUAAAAUAAAAUAGCCAGCCUUUUUUGCAUUUGCAAGUUGUAUAGUUUGAUCUUCGAUAGAGAUCUUAGUUUAAGAUUCCCUGUAUCAAUAUAGUAAUGUGAUCCAUCAAUCUUGUGCAACUUUAACUUAAUGAAAGCAUCAAAAUUGAUUUUUCUUGGA